CGAGACUUGAAGUGGGAAAAGGAGGCAUCAUGAGAAAUGGCGCAUUUUGAAAAGAUAUUUAAAUUUUGUCAACUUCCAAACAAAAAAUUUUCAGCGUACGAUGCUAAGUCUGUUCAAGAUUUACUUCUAAAAUGGGGCUUAAAAGGCAAUAUGUCACUGGAUGUGUUCUCAUACGAUGCAUUUUUCAAAGACUGUGACAAAGAUAAGUUUGUGAUGGAUUUCUUCAAAGACCAAGAUGUCCAAGCAUUUUUCAAAAUAUCGCCAAGAGCAAAGGUCUGGACAUUUGAUGGUGAUCUCAAGUCAGUUCGUUUACAAGUUGAGGUUGUUCCAGCUACUGUAGUAAACAUGGAAUUUUUCGACAAAAUUUUUCUUGAUGGAUUAGUAAGAGAAUCAGGAUCAAUAUGUAAAUGUUAUGAUGAUCAAAUUGGCGAUAUUCUAGUUUCAGAUGAACUACGAAAAAUGCUCGUAUCAGAAGAAUCUGAUUUUUGGGAUGUAUUCUCAGAUAAAGAACGUGGUGAAUUUAUUUUCCAAAUUUUCAAACAUUUGCAUCGGAGGACCAGUUUGUCAGUAUGAAGAUGAAGUUGGGCCGUACUUAGACACAGCGAAAUUUCUUUAUAAAGAUCUUGUCAGUGUACAGAAGGAUAAGGAAACAAAGAAAUUGUCCGUGAGUUCAAGGGUUCUCAAGGUCACUGUUUGGAAAGAUGGCGAGGUAGUUUUCCCUGGCAAUGGUUCUCAUGAGCAAUCUUUCGGAUAUUUUAUCAUCGACCCGAUUAAACGCCAUUUGACUCUAUGGUUUCACUCCUGGAAUUGAUUUGAAGCGAGCAUAGAGAUAGAAUGGAAGCGAGCAAACGCCGAAGACAAAGCACACUUUGGGCACUCCAAUACGCCGUCUUUGUUUCCUAAAUCCUUACGAUGGCGAACAUUUACUGCUUUCAAUUCGUCCAUUUGUUAUGAGAGUCCCUUCCGUGUCCUUUUUUCUAAAUAGUUCACAUUCAGAAAUCGCUGCCAUCGAAAUAUUGAAAUGACUUGCCGCCGUUUUUUUACUCAUUUUGCAGUUGUAAAUAUUUUUAGGGUAACUGAUUUCUCACACAUAUUUCAUUCCUCACUUGUGUUUUCUUUAGAAUCCUUAACCCAAAAAAAUUUCAACCAAAGAGCCUUAUUUAUAUUUUCGAUUCACUUUCUGCCGAACGUAUACCCCCUAUUAUGUUUUUUUCUAGUUUUCCUGGUUGUAUUUCAUUUGGCCUCCUUUUUAUCAUAUCUAGAAGCAUAUUAUUUUUCCACAUUUUCUGCAAGAUCAUUGUUCCUGACUCAGUUCUAAAGCCACGUUUACCAACAUUUGGAAACUUCGACUUUGUUUUUCAGAUUCUCUUUUAUAAUCAGACAACAUAGGCUAGAAUUUGCGACCUAAGGACAAAUAUAGGUUUAUUUCAUAGGGAACUUUGUUGCUCAGGCACCACUUUUUUAAGUUGUCAAUAAUAUCCUUCUUGAAUGGCCGUAAGCUUGAAAAAUGGCAAAAACAAAAAUAUAAAGUGAUAACGAAGAUUAUUAAUUAUAGCGUCACAAAUAAACACGAGACAUCUAGAUCAGUUCCCAAAUUGUCACAGACAGGCAUGCACGACACCCUUGAUUUAAUCCACUUUGUCUAGCUAUCUGCAGACUUUUUGGCUCUCUUUUUGCACCCAAAAUCUUACGUCAACAUGAAAUCAGGAAGAAAACAUCAUCAGUAAAUUGCAUUUAUUUUACGUUAGAACAUCAGCGUACGCACAAAAAAGUUCCAAAUCAGAUUCAGAAAAGGGCAAAGCUAAAUGUACCCGACUCCAGUGGCGGCACCAGCCACUAGGUUGUGGGGUGAGGGGGGGGGGGCAAAAUAAAAGCAUUUAGCCAUGCCCCUUUUACCAACAGGGAACGCUAGUUUAACCAGUAGGGAUUGCCCAUGACUAACAUAUUUGCUAAAUAAAAGAAGUUUCAAAUCAAAGAGUCACAUCACAAAGAGUAUUUUGCCAAAAUAAUAUCCCUUCUCUUAAAUUUUUUCAUUGAAUCUACACGAAAUACCAUAUCGAUUCUGUCGAGAAUCUAGGGGGGGGGCUGUGUUUCCCCGUUGCGCCGGCAUUGCCAUAUUCUGCGUGCGCCCAGCCUGAAGAUAACAAAGCCACUUUAUCGUAUCACUCAUUAGCAGAUAUUUGUGUUAAAGCUCUGAUGGCUCCUCCUCUUGUGAAUCAUCGGCUGUGAUCGUUGGCAGGCUCGGUGAUAUGCUAGCAACUGAAAACGUAUUCAGACUACCCCGGCUCCUUCCUGCAACGGCUGUGCCUAGGCCCAACCACGGAUGAAUGGCCAAAUCACCGGACACCCACUUGAUCUGUCCGGCGAGGUCACUUCGUGGCCGGUCACUUAUAUCCAGUUUCGGCGUUCUUCGAUCGCGCCCAAAUAAUGACGGUAACGAGCAUUUUCGAUUAAAGUUUCGACAUGUGUUUAUUGCAUACCUUCGUAACUGCUCUUCCACCGUCUCGAAACAAGUUCGUUUACUUUCUGGCAAAUAACAUUUUGAUAACUGGGACGUCUUAAGCUCUAAAAGCUGAUGAACACUGUACAGUGUCCCUGUCUUCCGAUGCAACUUUUUGCGUUUAUCCUUGCUUAGCCCAUGGAAUGAAUCUCCUACUUCAACAGAAUGAUGUUCCGUCCAUUUCCAAGGGCUCUUUUGCUCCACCUGGACAGCCUCCGUUUCCAAAUUUGCUUUCGUUUCGCCUGCUUUGCGACGGCUUUCUGAUCUAUGCGAUACUACCAACGAUAACUUUGAGCGUAGCCGCAAAUUUCUUCCAAAAGAAUUGUCUCUUCUAUCAUGAGAAUUUUGUUUCUGCAUCCUCAAAAUGUUGAAAUGGUCACAGAUUUCCAUUAAGUAUUUAUCAUGAGAACAGGCAACUUAAAAUUCAAAGGUCCAGCCUUUCCGCUAUUAACGAAGCCAAUAUACCAGGAACUUCAUUCUGCCCUGCCUCUAUGAAUCAAAGUGCCAGUCUUGUAACUCCAAGUACCCUUCUUGCGUCAUUGUCGAUACACUUGUCGUAAAUCACGUGAAACCAGUUAGCUUCAACUAGGCCAUUGAAACACGUCUUUUUGCUGGUUACAUUCCACAGCAACUGUUACAAACAAAUUAAAGACCCGAUACGUAAUACCUUUUACCUCACACAUGUGGCUUUUCCCUAAACCACACAGAACCUUAGUUACAUUUUCGUGUACGGAGAUUCCUAGAAUAUAACUUGAUACCUUCCAUAAGGGUAUUAGGAAAAAUGGUGUCAUCCGUUUAAUUAGAAUUUGCUAUAAAAAGAUACAAAAAUUUUAGCACUGAAUUGAAGUCGAUGAAAUGCAAUUUUUGAUCAAAAAUAUCGCCAGUAUAAUAAUUUAUUCAUGAAUAUUAUUUAUUAAUAUUGUAGAGUCUCUUAAUUUUUUCACGGAUGUUAUGGCAAAAAUCUUCGAAGCAUUACAAUUUGUGCAAGACCUUAAGGGAUAUACUGAUAUGGAUGCAUUCUAUUGCGUUUAGAUUUUGUAUCUACUAAGCUAUGGUAGGUAUUUUUUCAGAGCAAGCAAAAAAGUGCUUAUCGAGCAGGAUCCAAGUGCUUCCUUUCGAUAUGACCACACUUUGUGAUUCCUAUGGCUGAAAUAACAGAUAGCUGGCGUCACUUCUCACUCACAGUGAGAGUUUUGUUAUGGCACUGAAUGAUAAUAUGUUCAUGGCAAGGGCUCAAGUCCCGGACUCUAGGAUCUGCGAAUCCGUGACCCUAACCACUCCUAGGUACAGUGGACCUCUAUUUACAGAUAACUCUAUGGGCACCUCUCAACAACAGACAGAUAUUUUUGUCCCAAGUUGUCAAAGAUCACGAACUGACUGAUAAUACUGGCAGGGGCGGAUCCAGAGCAAAUUUGAAGGAGGGGCAGUUGGUAGUGGGGGCGCUGGAAAAUUGUCAAAAUUGGUGACGAGAGUACGCUGUAUACAACAAUUUCAGAUCCAUUUUCGGAAUAAACAACAUAACUCUGUGGUAAUCCUUGAAGCAAAUUAACCUAUCGGUCUCAAAAACUUUUUCACCUGAUUCCCGUUCUUCAA